AGAAUACUUCACUUUGACGGUCGCCUUUAAGGAUUUCAUAAGGAAAGGCGGGGAGUCCAACCUAGGAUUCUCGCGGCGGCGGCGGCGAUCCGGCGAGUGGACUUGACGGGGGCGAUCCGGCGAGGUAAGCGCCGACGACGCGCGCCACCUACUCGACAGAAUGCCUCCUAGCGGGAAGGAGCGCAAGAGUGCGCCGGCGGUGACCGCCACCGGCCACAUCAGCGACCUCCCCGACCAGAUGCUCCACCAUGUGCUCUCCUUCCUCCCGGUGCAGGUGGCCGCGCAGACGUGCGUGCUCGCCCGGCGCUGGCGACACCUUUGGAAGUCCACUACGGGCCUGCGCAUCGUCGGCCUCCAAGUUCAAGACCUCCGGAAGUUCAUGAACCAUCUGCUGGUCCUGCGUGGGCGCACCCACCUAGACACUGUUGAGAUCAAAUUCGAUCGUUAUGAUGAUGAUGAUGAUGAUGAUGAUGUGCGCUAUGUGAACCUAUGGACCCGUUUUGCCCUGAUGUGGAAAGUUCGGGUGCUCACCCUUCAUAUCCUCAUUGGUAACAUUGUCUCUCAGCAUCUGGUAACAUUGGACCUUCAUUCUGUAGCCCUACCAAAGGCCUUUCUUGAUUUUGCUAGAUGCCCACAAUUGGUGAAUCUGAAGAUAGAUGAUUGCUUCAUCAAUGUCAAUAAGAUAUCUUCCUGUUCCCUGAAGCAUUUGAGCAUCACUGGUUGUCGAUCUGAUUUGGAUUUCCGAGUCCUUGUUUCUGCUCCAGGCCUUGUCUCUCUGGAACUAGAAGACUUUAUUGGUAUAACCCCUUUGCUUGAAGACAUGGCAUUACUGGAAGCCGCAUGUGUGAAUCUUAGCGAUAGAUGCAAAGAUGUCUGCUUGAAUUAUGACUCUGGUGUUUUCUGUGGAGCUAAGGAUAAUACAUGUAAGAACUGUGUUCCUAUCAGUGAUAAUUGCAGCAGUGAUUGUGUGCUUCUGGGUGGUAUCUCACGUGCUAAACACCUCAAGUUGAUAUCUGAAAUUGGAAAGCCCAUUUUCACAAGAGAUCUGAAACACUGCCCUAAAUUUAGCAAGUUAAAGACUUUAUUACUUAACGAGUACUGGUGUGAGGCUCCUGACUUGGAUCCACUAGCUUGCAUUAUGAAAAACUCACCAGUUCUAGAGAAGCUCACUCUUCAACUCUUUUCCAAGGGACCAAAUCAUGAAAUGGAAAUGAAAGGAAGCUACAGGUCAAUGGAGGGACCCUCUGCAAUAUCAGAGCACCUUAAAAUAGUUGAAGUCAAGUGUAAUGUGGUUGACAAGAGAAUUCUCAAAGUUUUGAGGUUCCUGUCUGCACUUAACAUGCGAUUCAGUUUCCAGUAAGGGUGAGAAGAUCCGGGUUGUUGUCGAUCUGCCAUGCCUCGACCAUUAGUACACACAUAUAAGCAUCUUAUGUCAAUUCUACUCAGAGGAAAUGUGUACAAUCUGCAGUAUAUCACUUAUGAACUCUUGUUGGACAUGGUUUUAUGGUAUCUUGUAGUUUCUGUUACACCCUAAGCUUUUCCUUUUUGGCGACCCAUGACUGUUGUGUUAUGACGCGAUCCUUGUAUUUUGUCUCCUGAACUAUGACAUGGAUGUUUGGGAAAGUGGCGCAAGAGGUGUAGAGUUGCGCAUAUUGCACUUUUCGUUUCA